AUGAGGACAAAAAGACACAAUGAUGAUGCGGAAGUGCUGCUUGGAAUAGGACCUAAACCAAAAACUUUUAGUUAUGCCGAGUUGAGAUCUGCAACAAAAGACUUCGACCCUCCAAAUAAGCUUGGCGAGGGAGGCUUUGGACCUGUUUACAAGGGUACACUUUCUGAUGGAAGGGUUAUAGCUGUGAAGCAACUUUCUCUAGGGUCCCACCAAGGGAAAAAGCAGUUUGUUAAUGAGAUCGCUGCCAUAACUUCUGUGCAACAUCGUAAUCUUGUGAAAUUGCAUGGUUGCUGCAUCGAGGGAACUAGGCUCCUCCUUGUUUAUGAGUACCUUGAAAACAAAAGCCUUGAUCAAGUAUUGUUUGGAAGACGAGGGUUGCAUCUCAAUUGGCCUACCCGGUUCAAUAUAUGCUUGGGAACUGCAAGAGGUUUGGCAUAUCUUCAUGAGGACUCUAGACCAAAGAUCGUUCAUCGAGAUGUCAAGGCAAGUAAUAUUUUACUCGAUGCAGAACUCUGCCCAAAGAUAUCAGAUUUUGGAUUGGCAAAGCUGUAUGAUGAUAGAAAAACUCACAUCAGCACUAGAGUUGCAGGGACCAUUGGCUAUCUGGCACCAGAGUAUGCAAUGCGUGGACACUUGACAGAAAAGGCUGAUGUAUUCAGUUUUGGUGUUGUUGCUUUGGAGAUUAUCAGUGGAAGGGCAAACUCUGAUACUAGCCUGGAUAGGGAAAAGAUUUAUCUUCUUGAAUGGGCCUGGAAUCUUCAUGAAGUUAACCAAAGUUUGGAGUUGAUAGAUUCCAAAUUAUCAGAGUACAAUGAAAUCGAAGCUCUACGAGUAAUAAAAGUUGCUCUCUUGUGCACUCAAGCGUCACCGAUGUUACGGCCAACAAUGUCACGCGUUGUUAACAUGCUUGCUGGGGACAUCGAAGUGGCAACUGUUACUUCAAAGCCAAGUUAUUUGACUGAUUGGAAUUAUAAGGACAUAACAAAUAGCCUUUUGAACGAAGAAACUGUUACAUCAUCAUCGACAAGAAGUUAUAGCAGAAAGAAGAGCCAAUGUGACAGUGCAACUGAUCUUAGCCCCGGAGUUUAUCCAUUGCUCUCUCCAGAAAACGCCACUCGGUUCAAUGACAUAAUUGCCGAGGGGAGCUCUUGCAAGUUUGGGUUUGGUCCUGAUAUUUUUAGUUACAUGAGGAUAAAUAGAGAUAAUGAUGAUGCAGAAGUGCUACUUGGAAGAGGACCUAAACCAAAAACUUUCAGAUAUGCUGCGUUGAGCUAUGUUUAUGCAGGAAGAAGAGAGAGCCAUCUUGAUUGGCCUACCCUGUUGAAUAUAUGCUUGGGAACUGCAAGAGGUCUAGCGUAUCUUCAUGAGGAUUCUAGGCCAAAGAUUAGACAUCCAAAUGUCAAAGCAAGUAAUAUUUUACUUGAUGCAAAACUCUGCCCAAAGAUAUCAGAUUUCGGAUUGGCAAAGCUGUAUGAUAACACUAAAACUCACAUCAACGCCAGAGUUGCAGGGACCGUUGGCUACGUGGCACCGGAGUACGCAAUGCGUGGACAUUUGACAAAAAAGGCUGAUGUAUUCAGUUUUGGUGUUAUUGCUUUGGAGAUUAUGAGUGGAAGAGCAAACUCUGAUACUAGCUUGGACAGGGGAAAGAUCUAUCUUCUUGAAUGGGCCUGGAGUCUUCAUGAAAGUAACCGAAGUUUGGGGGUGAUAUAUCCCAAUUUAGCAGAGUUCAAUGAAAUCGAAGCUCUCGAAUAA